CCUGACAGUGGUGUCGCUGGCUCCUUUGAGCCUUCAGUCAGUCCUCGGGGCUAUUUGGCCCAUUUCCCUGCCUCUGUGAGUAUCACAAACAUGGCGGAAAGCGAAUUGAACGUUGACAGCCUCAUAUCUCGACUACUGGAAGUGCGAGGAUGUCGUCCAGGAAAGGUUGUUCAGAUGACCGAGGCUGAGGUGCGGGGGCUCUGCAUCAAGUCCAGAGAGAUUUUCCUGAGCCAGCCGAUCCUACUAGAACUGGAGGCUCCACUCAAAAUCUGUGGUGAUAUCCAUGGGCAGUACACAGAUUUGCUGAGGCUGUUCGAGUAUGGAGGUUUCCCGCCUGAGGCCAACUAUCUGUUCUUGGGCGAUUACGUGGACAGGGGGAAGCAGUCGCUGGAGACCAUCUGCCUGCUGCUCGCCUACAAGAUCAAAUACCCAGAAAACUUCUUCUUGCUCCGAGGGAACCACGAAUGUGCCUCCAUCAAUCGCAUCUACGGCUUCUAUGAUGAGUGCAAGCGCAGGUUUAACAUAAAACUCUGGAAGACCUUCACAGACUGUUUUAAUUGUCUGCCCAUCGCUGCGAUUAUUGAUGAGAAGAUUUUCUGCUGCCAUGGAGGGCUCUCACCUGAUCUACAGUCCAUGGAACAAAUCCGCCGCAUUAUGAGACCCACUGAUGUCCCAGACACAGGCUUGCUGUGCGACCUGCUGUGGUCAGAUCCAGACAAAGACGUCCAGGGCUGGGGGGAGAACGAUCGGGGAGUUUCCUUCACCUUUGGGGCAGACGUGGUCAGCAAGUUCCUCAACCGCCACGACCUGGACCUCAUCUGCAGAGCACAUCAAGUUGUUGAAGACGGUUAUGAGUUCUUUGCCAAGCGACAGCUGGUGACGCUGUUCUCCGCCCCCAACUACUGCGGGGAGUUUGACAAUGCAGGCGGCAUGAUGAGUGUGGACGAGUCCCUCAUGUGCUCCUUUCAGAUCCUGAAGCCGUCAGAAAAAAAGGCAAAGUACCAGUACGGAGGCGUGAACGCGGCCCGGCCCGUCACCCCGCCUCGUACCGCUCAGGCCCCGAAAAAGAGGUGAGCGGCUGGCCUUGACUCUCCUGCUCGUCCCCCGGUUUAUCUCUGUCCCGCGUCCCUGCAGGCUGCCUCAAACACUCCAGCCUUCUCUCAGCCAGCUUGUUCAUGUGUAAAAAAAUAAAUAAUUAAAAAUUAAAAAAAAAAAAAAAAGCGAGUGUCUUAUGCUUGUUUCUGUGGGUGUUUUUAUGAACAUGUAUUUUUCAUUUUCUUAUUUGAUGCCAUGGUCUGCAUUAACUCAGCCCUGCUGCUCACUCCAUUCGGCAAUAUUUAAACCAAACCGUGCAAUGGGAAAGCUGUUAAGACACGUUGCUUCUCUUCCUUCACAUGAACUAUUCCCAUAGUGAUUUUGUGAACGCAUGCCUGCUUGUGAGAUGGAGAUGGGUUCUUUGUUCUGUAAAACCCGUUCAUACUCAAACGGCUCCAAUUGUUUUUCAUCCUUCUGCCAUUGCCCACUUAUCUGGUGGAUGAAGUGCUACACUGCUUAAUGGAAUAGUUCUGCAUUUUGAGAAAUGUGCUUGUAUGCUAUCCUGUUGAGUUGGAUAAGAAAGUCUAUACCACGCUCUGUCAAAUAUGAAACGCGUCAGCUGCUGGCUAAUGUAGCUUAGCAAACAAGUGGAACAAACAUGAAGCAUUGUUCCUAUUUACAUGCACUCUCUGCAACAAGAGAAUUUGACUUUUUUUAGUUAGAUUGCUAUGACUUUCCCUUAGACUUAAUGUUUUAUCCUCAGAGAUAUCAUUAAUUUCCAGAUAUUUUGAUGGUAUGAGAAAAAAAUAAUUGUCAAUAUUCCAAGCGUAAUUGUGUUAAAGCCUAUUUAGAUCUGUAAAUUUUGGUGAGUGAGUAAAGCGAUUACAGUAGGUGUGUAGAAAGACAAAGGAAGAUCUCGCUGGGAAAAGGACAGGAUUUAACUAGAAUUGGUGUCAUUACGUUCAUUUUAACAGUAGAUUUUGACCUCGUGCAUUGUUGCACUUCUAUUUAGGCCGGUCAUAACUACUUAUGUUGGACCAUGUAUUUUCCCAGGAAUAUUUGCCAUUGGUUAUUAUAUUAAUAAUAUUGAUUUAGGACUAUUUGAUGUUGCUUAUGUGAUGAUUAUUUAAUAGCAUAAUAGGAGCAAUUACUUAACACAAUUGACAAGUCUUGUAAUGGGAGGAACAGUUGGCUAAAAUGAAUCUUAUGUAAAUAAACAUGCACUUCGUCACAACAGGGAAUAUUGACCUCAAAGAUGAUUGAAGUUUUGUCAAUUAUACGAUAAAUUGAUAAAUGAUUGAGGUUAUGUCCAUAUAUUGUAUAAGUGGUUGAUGUAAUUAUUGUAACAGGGCAUUCAUUGUAAAGACGUCAAAAUCCUCAAGGCAACACAACGAUUUUUGGAUUAUUGCUGGCUAGUUGUAUUGGUUAAAUAUUUCCCACUUAUUAAUGAACACUGAACCGACGGGUUUUUUGUUUGUUUAAAUCUUUCCUUUUGCUUUGUAAAUUUAUCAGUCUUCAAGUUGGAAACAGUUAAGACGUUUUGAGAUUUGUAUGAGUUUGUUUGAAACGAGUGAAAUAAAAGGUGUUGAGCCUG